UGCUACGCUGCAGAACGUUGGCGAGAGAAGAAGACGUCCGGCGAGACAACUCGACGAACCAGCAGUGGGCUCCAGGACGCCGCUACAUUUACAAUCCGCGGUUAGUGCGCGCUAAGUGUUAGCAACCGUGUACCUACGGUAAAGAUCAUCACCGUUGUCGGUUAUAUAUAAUCAGCUAAAAUUACUAUUAACGGUGUUAUUUUACUUUUUACUUUGUUUUUUGUGCAUUAAAGUCGUUCGAAAUUUGGUGAAGUCUAAACGGUUAUUUUUCUUUUUUUUUUUUUUCACAUUAUUACCUGUCCUAGGAUAGAACAAACAACAACACGAUGGCUAAACGGAUUGCUCAAACAAUAUUAUUACUGACUACUUUAAUAAGUUUCUAUAACAUAGUAGAAGCUGAAGAUAAGUCUCUUAUUAGAAUACGAAGAGAACCCCCUUCGAAGUAUGGACCACCAAAGCCAUCAAGACCCAGGCCUAAUUAUGGACCACCAAAAUCUAAUGGUUGGUCCAAACCAGUUUAUGGUCCACCACCAAAACCUAAAUAUGGACCUCCUCCAAAGCCAAAAUACGGUCCACCAAAACCAAAUUAUGGACCUCCAAAACCAAAUUAUGGUCCUCCAAAACCCGUAUACGGACCACCGCCAAAAACAAAAUAUGGACCUCCUAAACCAGUAUAUGGUCCUCCAUCAAAACCAUCUCAAUCUUACGGACCACCAAACCAAGGUUAUGGGCCACCAUCUGGAGGAGGAUUUAAGCCUUCCACUUCAUAUGGAGCACCACCAUCAUCUUCAUAUGGAGCACCACCAUCGUCUUCAUAUGGAGCUCCGCCAUCAUCUUCAUAUGGAGCGCCUCCAUCAUCAUCGUAUGGAGCUCCGCCGUCAUCUUCAUAUGGAGCACCACCAUCAUCAUCAUACGGGGCACCACCAUCAUCUUCUUAUGGAGCACCUUCACAAAGUCAAUCGCCUUCAUAUGGAUCAUCUUCUUUGAAAACUUUCCCUUCUUUAACAUAUGAUGCUCCAUUGCUAUCUACUUCAUAUGGUGCACCAUCUCCACCAUCGUCAUCAUAUGGUGCACCCCCACAACCAUCGUCAUCAUAUGGUGCACCAUCACAACCAUCCUCUUCAUAUGGCGCACCAUCACAACCAUCGUCGUCAUACGGCGCACCGUCACGACCAUCGCCGUCAUACGGUGCACCAUCACAACCCUCGUCGUCUUACGGCGCACCACCACAACCAUCGUCAUCAUACGGCGCACCCUCACAACCAUCGUCAUCAUAUGGUGCACCAUCACAACCAUCCUCUUCAUAUGGCGCACCAUCACAACCAUCGUCAUCAUACGGCGCACCGUCACGACCAUCACCGUCAUACGGUGCACCAUCACAACCAUCAUCAUCCUAUGGUGCACCAUCACAACCCUCGUCGUCUUACGGUGCCCCAUCACAACCCUCGUCGUCCUACGGUGCCCCAUCACAACCCUCGUCGUCAUACGGCGCACCAUCACAACCCUCGUCGUCCUACGGCGCUCCAUCACAACCCUCGUCGUCAUACGGCGCCCCAUCACAACCCUCGUCGUCAUACGGCGCACCAUCACAACCCUCGUCGUCCUACGGCGCUCCAUCACAACCCUCGUCGUCAUACGGCGCCCCAUCACAACCCUCGUCGUCAUACGGCGCACCAUCACAACCAUCAUCGUCCUAUGGUGCCCCAUCACAACCAUCAUCUUCCUAUGGCGCACCAUCACAACCAUCAUCGUCCUACGGCGCACCAUCACAACCAUCGUCAUCAUACGGUGCACCGUCAUCACCAUCGUCUUCUUAUGGAGCACCAUCACCACCAGCCACAUCUUAUGGAGUACCGACAAAUAACUAUAAUGCUCCAUCUUCUCAUUCAAUUUCAAUAACUCCUUCCGUUUCACUUCCUGUCCCAUCAACUGCAUACGGAGCACCUUCUAAUGGACCUUCAUCGUCAUACGGUGUGCCAUCAAAUAUACCAUCGUCGUCUUAUGGAACCCCGACAUCAGGAUCAUUUAGUUCGUUCGGUUCUUCUUCUCAUAGUAACAACUUAGAUUCAUUUAAUAUAGGAAAUUUAUUUAGUUCUCGCACUCAAUUUAGUGCACCAAUUCCUUCAAUUACCUAUGGUUCACCUAAAGGCAAUGGAGAUAUUCAAGGCUCUUAUAGCAGUAUAUCAAACUCAGUUUCAUAUCCAGAUAAUUCUCAAUUAACAACGAUUAACUCAUAUGGAGAACCAACUAAUAAAAAAGAUUCAAGCGAAUCGUCAGAAGACUCAUUUCAUGUAGUUAGCUCACAAUACAACACCCAGAGUCCAAACAUACCAACAACGCCGCCAUCAAACAUAUUACAAAGGCGUCAUAAAGAAUCUUUAGAAAGUACUGAUAGCGUGCCGUCUUCAAAUUUAGAUGAAAAAUUGAAGGGGAAAAAAGUAGUUGUAAACGACAAACUAAAUGCGUAUUUAAAAUACAUAGCUAAAAGUACACAAAAACCAGAUAUAGGUUUUCAAGCACCUACAAAGACUUUUAGUUUUAACUACGAAGAAUCACCUUCUCAAGUUAACGAUAGCCUUGCUUCACUAAGUGAUAAUUCUCCAAUUAAUCAUAGAAAUAAUGAAUACAAAUCUGAACAAAAUCCAAGUGCUCAUACUUAUUCAGACAAUCAAUGGAAAAUCACUGAAAGUCUAUAAUGAUAAAUUUUCAGAACUUUAUUAUAUACUUUUAUGUUAACGUGUUUAACUAUUGUAAAAUAUGCAAUAUAAUUUUGCAAAACUCUCAAGUUUUACUACUUGGAAAAAUAUUGUGGUAUAAAUAUUAUAAAAAACCCUAUUUUUUGCCAAUAUUUAAUGGUAAGUCAAUUAAAUUAUAAAAUAAUGAAUAUUAAGAUUUAGAUGUAUAAAUAUAUACCAUAUUUAAAUAUAUAAAUAUUUUACCUA